AUGCUCGUCUUUGGCUCAGUGACGAGUGAGCUCCCAACGUCAUGUCCCAGCGAGGAGUCUGAAGUGAGUGACCCGAGAUAUGAAGUUUCCAACCUGGAAGGAGCGAUCAGGGAGGAGGCCAGGGUGGAGGUGCAGCUUUCUGGCUUUGAAAGUUCUCAGCAUUUUGCUGAAAUUUUAGAACAAAUGGAUAAAGCUUUUCACCUUGUGAUGAAGCCAUGGUAUGGAAGGUCUGAGAAUGGAAGCGAUUAUCUUCACGGCCUCGUGAUUUCGGAAAAGGUUUACACUACUAGAAUGAAUCAUGAGGCUGAGAUCAAUAAGAGCAAUGCCAUUAUAUCUGAGGCUAGAAAGAAAAUGGAAGAGAGCAUUUUGAAAGUUGAAGAACUUGGAAAAAUGAAGGCCAAAAGUGAGGAGAAUAGUGCAAAUCUAAUGAGGGAAUUGGAACAGAAAAGAUCUGAGAUUGGUUAUAUGGAGGCUGAUCUUCUGUCAAAGGGAAAGGAGACCGACUUUCUUUUACAUAGAAGACAAGAAUUAGAAUCACAAGUUUCUAAACUUCAACAGGAAACGAGCCGUUUGGAGCAGGAUUUAGAAGUUGCAGUAAGAGAGAGGAAAAUCUCCUCAGAAUGCAUGGAGAAUCUUCAAAGUGAUGUCACAGCUCUUAGAGAUGCUGUUAGUUCCCAUGUUUCUGCUAACACUGAUCUCGAAAUUAACAUAAAGCAGCUAGAAAUAAGAAGCCAUGAACUACAGAACAGUUUAUCAGAAUUGCUAGAAGAAAACACGUGGUUGCAGGCGUGCAUUUCUGAUCAGGAAGUUCAAGUGCAUCAAUUGAGAGAUGAAAAGAUAGUGUGCUUGCAGGAAAUUGAGGAUUACAAAUCUAGCAUGACUAGUCUCCAAGACGAGAUCCGUGAAAGCAAAGAUGAAAUGGAGGGUCAAAUAUCGGAUCUCAAACAAAAAUCAGAAGAUAUAAGGAAACAGUGGCUAAGAGCUCAAGAAGAGUGUGUGUGCCUUAGAGAAGAAAACAAGACGCUGCAGACGUCUGCUGCUAGUUCUGUCGCAGAAACUACAGAGCUUCAAAAUUUGAACUCAGAACUGAAGAGGGAAAACCAGGAACUGCAUGAGAAAUGUCUGGAACUGGUGGAUCAACUGAGUGAAAUGGAGAAAAGUCUGGCUGAUUGCACCAAAAGAAAGGAAAGAAUUUCCACUGAAGCUUCCAGUUUACUAGCAGAAAAGGCUGAGCUGCAAUGUUCCCUUCGAGAAGCUCACCAGGAAGCUAAAUCGGCCAAAAACAAACUCAAUGCAGCUCUGCAAGAAUCUGAGUUGAAAGUUGAAGAAUUGACAAAUCAACUAGCUGCGUCUAAUCGAAGGCUUGACAGAUUGACGAUUGACUAUGAUAGAAAUAAAAAAUUAGUGGCAAAUUACAGGAAAAUCGAAGAGAAACUCAAGACGGACUUGAAUGACAUUGAAUUGAAGCAUACCAUCUCUGAAUAUGAGUGCCAGCAGCUUACCAGAGAAAUGAGCAGUUUGAAGGUUCAGCUACAAAUCAUGUCUGAGCUUGAAGAUGAAGUCUCAGUCUUAAAAAACAAGCUCAGAGAAAGCAAGGUCGAUAAGGGGAAACUGGAGACAGAGAAGAUUUCAUUGUCUGAGAAAAUCACAUUCUUUGAGGAUGCCAUGUCUGAGUUGGAGGAAUGCAAAAGGAGCAAGUCGUGGCUAGAAGAAAAGCUUCAGCAAAUGGAGAAGGAUUUAAGUGAAAAAGAGAUUAUAUCCAUCCAAAAUGAGGAUCUUAAACACGAGGUGACUGAGGUGAAGAGAUUGAACGUGCAGUUUCAGCAGAAGAUGUACAGACUGGAGGUGGAGAAAGACGAAUGCUUGAAGAAAGUACUUCAAUAA